AAUGGGUUGGUCAAAAAAAGGUUCAUUCUUGCAUGUGAAAUUAUUUUGUUAAAAAGAAAUUCUUAUUUCAGCAUGUCCUGAAAUGCCCGUAGUGUAAUUGGUCGAGCUGUGGAAGAGGCAUCUCUUUGGUUCAGUGAUCCUGUGGUAAAUGGAGCUCUUUCAGUAUUACCUGUAUGAACCAACAGAUGGUUGAUUCAGAGGAACAUGUUCAGUCACUUGUGGUGACCACCGACAAAUGUAACAGGAGCCCGCAGUACCUGUGAACACCGGAUGUCUUUGCAGACACACAGAAAGGCUUUUCUCUUCUUCUGAAAAUCAUCCCAUAUUGACUUGAAGAGAUUGACGGGGGCUUAAGGGUCUACCAAGCUGCUUACACCGGGAAAUUUUCAUUUGGAAUUGAGCCGCAUAAGGUUAAGCCGGACUUUCUUCAGAGUUUCUUUUUUUCAUUUACCUAAUGGAAUGAAGUGUACCAGGCGCAACAGCGCAACCGUCCCGACGUUUGGCGGAUCACCGUCAAAAUGCAAUUAAUUAUCCCACGUCCACAGGAGAGUCUUGUAGUUGUACGUCGGCGACUACCUUGCUGCAGGCUUGCAUAAUCAUCCAGAUUUUCUAGCUCUAGCCCCCACCGCGCUCUCCCCUACUCUUCUCCCAAUUUCCAUCGAGGUAAACAAAAACUGACUACUUGUAGAGAGCUGUUGUUAUCGAUAACGAGUCCGAUGCAAACGUCAAGUCCUAGUGUGACCAGUAAACGGACAUCUCAACACUCUGAUAGAUCAAUUUUCAACUUGGACUCCGUUUCUUCUCCUCGCUGAAGGUGAUUUCACUUCUUUUAAAAGAAAGAAAAAAAAUAAUAAAUCAUUUUAUUGAACGCCGUCUGUACUUUUUUCUCGUGGGCAAUUUUUUGAACAAAUUUUGAAUCCAUCCAAUCAUUCUAAUCCCUGCUUUUGGGAACUUGAGGAUAUACUUUCUUGUAUCAUCUGUCGGCUGUUUGCUUAGACUACAAGGCGUCUGUGGAGAUUAUGUCCUUUUCAUCAUUCAGUGUAUUAAAGCGGCCCUCACAACACAACUCAAAACCAUCCAAACUGGUAAAUAUCCGUCUGUGAACACAGGACACGACUUAAUUCAACCCAGGAGGGGGAAAUAAGACAGAAUAAUUCAUCAUAUGUUAAUUAGUUCCAUCACAAACUGUACAAGACACCAGCGUUCGACUCUCUGCUACAUUUCGUCUUCUUUUUAAAGCAAGUUGCUGACUGUGACACACAGAGAAACCUUCCAAGAUGUCAAACCCCCUUCAAGACAUUUCUAGGGACAAUCUGACGACGUAUAAGCUGAUCGUCGUGGGGGAUGGCGGCGUUGGAAAGAGCGCUAUCACGAUUCAGUUCUUCCAGAAGAUGUUUGUAGUCGAUUACGACCCCACCAUAGAGGACUCUUACAUACAGCACACGGAAAUCGACGGGGAAUGGUGCAUCCUGGAUGUUCUGGACACCGCAGGGCAGGAGGAAUUCAGUGCCAUGAGAGAGCAGUAUAUGAGAAAAGGAGAUGGCUUUCUGAUUGUCUACUCCGUCAUCGACAGAGCCAGUUAUGAAAACACUAGGUCCUUUUACACACAGAUACUCAGAGUUAAAGAUAGAGAUGCCUACCCAAUGAUUCUCGUCGCCAACAAAGUAGACUUGGUUCAUCAACGGAAAGUAACCGAGGAGGACGGCAAGGCUCUAGCUGCCGAGCUUGGGAAGAUUUCCUACAUAGAAACGAGUGCUAAAGACCCACCUCAAAAUAUCGACAGGGCAUUCCAUGAAGUCGUCAGGGUAAUCAGGCGACAGCCAGUUGACCGUGCAGCCAAGCGCCGGAGCAAACGAAAGAACAAACAGCAAAAGUGUUCCAUCUUGUGAUCAGAAAAAAACAGGUCAAAACAGUCCUAAGUUACUACGGAAAUCGUUCAACACAAGAGCAGACUAAGGUUUUUCCCCUUAAGUAAAGCUCAAAAUCAGUGUUUUUUUUUAUCGUUACGUAUUCACGAGUGCCUGCUAUGAAGAAAAAAAACGCAAGCUGCAAUCGAUUUUUGUUUUCUCAAAAUCAUGAGCAUAGUAUCGUAAAUUACAAACUUUUUGCUUUCUCUCCAAAAUAUAAUCUUACAACUUCUUGUAAUAGUCUGGACAUAAAUACAGACAUUUUAACCAUUGAGUCUAUUCACAUCUAGCCAUCAAUUAUAAAUCUUGAAUGCGCCAUAUUCAAAGGCAGACUCCUUGUGUGUGACUGAGCAGUGCGCACAGUCACAAUGCGCUUUAAUGUAGCACUACAAGUGUAUUUUACACAUUCACAAUGCCAUCAGAGGUGAAAAUAUAACCUGGUUUAGUCCUCUAGUGUAAUUGUUCAUCACUUUAAAAAAAGCACAGCAUCAUGUCAGGCUAGGGGGAAACUUUGAAUACAUUUAAUAGAUGUUUAAAAAAAAUUGUUUUACCCAUAUACACCGAUGUGUGUAGCACUGUAUACUCAAUACAUUCAAAAAACCUUGAUUUCUGGAUCAAUUAUAAGCGUACAUGUAGCAAAAACAAGCAGGGCUGCAAAAAAACAUUACUUUUUUCUUAUCCCUUAUAAAAAAUUAAUAAUUACCAGUUUUUCUACAAGUGUCUGAAAGCUGUUAUUAUUAUUUUUUUUUUGAGACAGAUUUUUGAACUAUGAGAUACGUUUUUGUGGCACCUUAUUUCUUCUUCUUCCUUGGUUAGUACAUACCACCAAUGGUAUAUUACGUACUGGGAUUUUAAAGUAUUUACAAAGUUUUGCGGUAGUGGUGCAUUCAGCGGCCACUGCCAGAAACACUGGGGCAAACCCCAUCUGUUAGCCACAGGGGUCCUUUUUACAUCUACACAUAAGACCUACAGACCUUUUACACAACUCCCUUGCUGCUAUUCAGCGAUGAAGA